UUUACAUUUAUUUCUUUAAUAUUUCUAUAUUGUACCUAUACAUAAUACACCCAAUAUUUGUUAAAACAUAUUUUUUAGAUAAAAUUAAUAUUUCCUCUUAUAGUUUUUUUAGGUGCACGUAGCAGCUCUGGGAACUAAAAUUAUUGAUUGUUUUAAUCCACUUACAUGUUUGUUGUUAGUGUCUUGAUGGCAACAGCAUGACAUAGUUUUCGACGUCAAAAAUCAACUUCUAUUGCAUCGUAAAUGAUCGCAUUUAUUAUUGUUAAUGUCUACUAAAAAGAAUGAUCGUGGAUCGACUGCACCGAAGAAAACAAUCUCGACGAUUUCAUCGAGACGUCCAUUACUCGAGGCCGAAAAAACUAAAACGAAGAAAAAACCCGCUAACGCGGAAUCCACGAGACGAAAAAUUGCAGAAAAUGACAAAUUAGACCAGAAGAAGGAUUUGAAAAAAAUUAAUAACCCUGAUAGAGAAACCAAAAUGAAACAAGAACUAACCAAAAAGACUUCUAUAGCAACGAAAAAACCCGCACAGAUUUCGAAAGAAAAACCUUCUUUAAACCUAAAGAAAGCACCAAAACCAGCGGAAAACAGCAAAACAUCACUACCUAAAUUCACGAAAUCCAUAAACUCCUCAGCAAAUCCGAAUCCCCAACCAGAAAGACCAACAACAGCCACACUUCUACGCGGCACCGUCUUAAACAUCAACAAAAUCGGCCCGGACAAUCCCCCAACCGAUCAAACUAAAUCCCCCUCGCCCAAAUCCGACUCCUCCGAAGGCAAGUACGAAGACGACUUCGAAUCCUACGAAUCGGACUUCGAGGAUUACUCCUCGUCGAGCUCAAACGGCCUCUUACUGGCAUCAUCUCCCAGCAGCAGCCCGUUGAGCAGCUACUCGGACGAGCCCACGUCCUUCGGCAAGCACUCCACCAACGGGCUGGUGUUGUCCAGCGGCAGCGAGGACGACAAAACCCUCGAUUCCGGCCACUUCGAGAUGCCCGGCUUCAAGCACAGGCCGAUGUUGGAUAACAUCAAAGAGGCCAUCGAGAGGGAAAACGCCAAUGUUCUAUCGCCUCCAGGGAAUUACGCCUCGUUCUCCGACGAGGGUUUCGAGGACCAGAAGUCGUUUCAGUUCGUCAAUUUCGCCGAUGCCCAGAUGAAGAACAGGAGGAGGAACAGCAUGCAGAUGAGGCGGAAGAGAGGAGAGGAGAUAUUGAGUAUGGUUAAAUUGGAUUAUUAUAGUUUUACGUUGCUCGAUAUAGCGUCGAUUUCUUAUGAGAAAUACGUGAAACUCUACGGUGCUAGGAACAGAUUGCAAGUAUCGACUCAAACUGGCGAAGAUGAUGUGGAUGAAGAAGUGCAAACUGAAGAAACUAGUAUGCUCGAUAAAGCAACCCAGAAACCUGAAGUGUUUGGUUCGCAUAACGAAAACGAUAACGCAGAAAAAUGCGUUAAUUACACUAAUUUGAACAAAUUCUUAUCGUCUGCCUUAGAGGUCGUGUUGAAGAUAAACGAAGAAUCUAAUUCUGUAGAGUAUAAAUCACAAAGCGAAACUUUUAGCAAAAGUCUCGUUAAUUUUAAAGCCAAAACCGACAUUUUCGACGACUCUUACGUUACUUGUAUACAUUUUCCUCUUCACCAAAACGAUAAAUUCGUUACCGUUCAUUCUAAACGAGAUGGAUCUUCUCUCACUGCCUCGUGGAAUUUCAAUCACGACGAACCUGAUAUUGUCAUCGUUAGUUACGGAAACAUUUCAUCCUGUUCUACCGGCUUCAAUUACCAGGAAUUGAUUUUCACUGGAUUAGAAGAUGGCGCUAUAUUAGUGUGGAAAGGUAGCAGGAGAUUACUGAAAGGCGAAUACAUAAUUCGCGUCCCGCUAUUUACAACUGGAAUAAAUUCUGGACAUCACAAUAAAAUAAUUGGAUUGAAUUUUCUGGAUGACGUAUCCAAUAAAGGGAACGUUCAACGUGCUAACGAAUUAUGCAGUUUGGACGAAACUGGAGAAAUAAUUUUGUGGACCAUCAUAUCGAAAUGUUCGGGCAACGAAAACGACGUUGAUUACAACAAAAUCACGCUGCUCAAAAACUCGACGAUUUCCCUAAUUAAUUUAUGCCCGGAUUUGAACGAUUUGCUUUGCACCCGGUUUUGUAGCAGCCCUCUUAAUCCUCAUUAUUUAUUCAUUGCGACCAAUUACGGUUCGGUUAUUCAUUACACCAUCAAAGCCGGAAUGAACAAAGCCAAAACGUAUUUAACAGAAGUGCAAUCGGUUCCGAAAUCGUUGGAAUGCUGUCCGUUUUCAUCGGAGUACUUCCUAGUGGGAUACGAAAACGGAGAUAUCAGCUUGUUUUCACGGUCCUCGGAGAAGCCGCUUAUGAUUUUAUCGGAUAAAGAUAAAUCUCGAAUAUCCGCCAUCGAAUCGAUAGAAUGGUCCAGGGAUAAAUCGACUGUGAUAUAUUCGAAAGACGACGAUAAUAACAUCAACGUAUGGGACCUCGACGAGAGCGAUAUGGUGCCCUUGUAUACCAUACCUUAUAAGGAAAAUAUCGCCUGCAUGAGAAUCAUAAAAGACGAGAAAACCCAAAAAUUGUUUAUGCUGAUUGGGACCAAGGAAGGUAACCUACAUUUACACCAAUUAAAUGAAGGACGCAAUCAACCGACUAGCGAGUUACAUACCCAAAGUAUAAAAACCUUUUUUAGUUACGUUAAAAGAUUGUAAACUUUAUAUUUUAUUGUUAAAUAA